GACUCGGAGAGAAAAGGAGAGACGCAGAGAGACGUGGAGAGACUAAGCAAGAGGCAAACAGGGUGUGAGACAAGGACAAGCUUGGCCGCCCCUGGAGCCCCAGCCCCGCCUUCAUGCCCAGCAGGUGCCCCACCUGGCCAGUCCUCCCAGGUCCGCCUCAGCCCGCGCUGCAGGUGAUCUGAGUCAUAGGCCCCAGGUGACUCUUGAGGAACGUCUGCAGAAGAGAGGAUGGCCCAAGUCCUGCAUGUGCCGGCCCCCUUCCCAGGGACCCCCGGCCCAGCCUCCCCGCCCGCCUUCCCUGCCAGGGAGCCUGACCCACCAUACUCCGUGGAGACGCCCUACGGCUACCGCCUGGACCUGGACUUCCUCAAGUACGUGGACGACAUCGAGAAAGGCCACACGCUCCGGCGUGUGGCUGUGCAGCGCCGGCCCCGCCUCGGCUCGCUGCCCCGGGGUCCCGGCUCCUGGUGGACAUCCACCGAGUCUUUGUGCUCUAAUGCUAGCGGGGACAGCCGCCACUCGGCCUAUUCCUACUGUGGCCGCGGCUUCUACCCGCAGUAUGGCGCCCUGGAGACCCGGGCCGGCUUCAACCCGCGCGUGGAGCGCACGCUGCUGGAUGCCCGUCGCCGCCUGGAGGACCAGGCGGCCGCUCCCGCCGGCCUGGGCUCCCUGACCCCCAGCGCAGCAGGCUCCACGAGCUCCUUGGUGGGUGUGGGGCUGCCACCGCCGACCCCACGGGGCUCGGGACUGUCCACACCUGUGCCUCCUAGCGCCGGGCACCUGGCCCACGUGCGGGAGCAGAUGGCAGGUGCCCUGCGGAAGCUGCGGCAGCUGGAGGAGCAGGUGAAGCUGAUCCCCGUGCUCCAGGUGAAGCUCUCCGUGCUGCAGGAGGAGAAACGGCAGCUCACAGUCCAGCUCAAGAGCCAGAAGUUCCUGGGCCAUCCCACAGGGGCCCGAGCCCGCAGCGAGCUCUGCCUGGACCUCCCAGAGCCCUCCGAGGACCCGGUGACGCUCGAGACCCGGAGCGUGGGCACCUGGGUCCGGGAGCGGGACUUGGGGGUGCCUGACGGGGAGGCAGCCCUUGCCGCCAAGGUCGCCGUGCUGGAGACCCAGCUCAAGAAAGCACUCCAAGAGCUGCAGGCAGCUCAGGCUCGGCAGGCUGACCCCCAGCCCCAGGCCCGGCUACCACCAGACAGCCCCAUCCGCGUGGACACUGUCCGGGUGAUAGAGGGCCCUCGGGAGGUGGAGGUGGUGGCCAGUACUGCCGCUGGGGCCCCUGCACAGCGGGCCCAGAGUCUGGAGCCCUAUGGGACAGGGCUGCGGUCCCUGGUGACAUCUGGAGGGGUCGAGAGCCCUGCUGUGUUCCGGAGCCAUGAGGUGGUAGAGACAGUGUUCCCAGCAUCCACUGCGCCCACUGGCAACGUCCACCUGGUGAAGAAAAUAAGCAUCACAGAACGAAGCUGCGAUAGGACAACAGGGCUCCCGCAGGCUCCAGCGGAGGCCUCCUCGUCACCCCCAGGGAUGGCGGUGACCCCCCCAGCACAGCCUGAGAAGAGCACGGGCGGAGUGGGCAUCCGCGAUCCUGCUGACACAGAGCCCACCAGGCAUGUGGCCUCACGCGGUUCAGAGGCGGCGGGGGGCGCAGGCGAGCCCCCGGCAGGUGUGCGGUCCAUUAUGAAGCGCAAAGAGGAGCCCGCAGACGCUGCGGCCCACCAAAGGAGCCUGCAGUUUGUGGGAGUCAAUGGCGGAUACGAGUCCUCAUCUGAGGACUCCAGCACGGCAGAGAACUUCUCAGACAACGAGAGCACAGAGAAUGAGGCCCCAGAGCCAGCGGAGAGGGUCCCAAGUGUGGCUGAAGCCCCGAAGCUCAGGCCCUCGGGGACAGCAGUGGCCAAGAGCAGCCAGGAGGAGCGCCAGCCAUCUCGGGAGAGUCAGCAGUUGCCUGUGGUAGAGGGAGCGGCAGGAGCGAGUGCAGAAGAGGAGAUCCGGAUGGAGCUAAGCCCCGACCUCAUCUCCGCCUGCCUGGCCCUGGAAAAGUACCUGGAGAACCCCAAUGCCCUCACUGAGCGGGAGCUGAAAGUGGCCUACACCACGGUGCUGCAGGAGUGGCUGCGCCUAGCCUGCCGCAGCGACGCCCACCCCGAGCUCGUGCGGCGCCACCUGGUCACCUUCCGGGCCAUGUCAGCGCGCCUGCUGGACUACGUGGUCAACAUUGCUGACAGCAACGGCAACACGGCGCUGCACUACUCUGUGUCCCACGCCAACUUCCCCGUGGUGCGGCAGCUGCUGGACAGCGGUGUGUGCCAGGUGGACAAACAGAACCGUGCUGGCUACAGCCCCAUCAUGCUCACUGCUCUCGCCACCCUGAAGACCCAGGAUGACCUUGAGACGGUCCUGCAGCUCUUCCGGCAUGGAAACGUCAAUGCCAAAGCCAGCCAGGCAGGGCAGACAGCCCUGAUGCUGGCGGUCAGCCACGGACGGGUGGACGUGGUCAGGGCUCUGCUGGCCUGUGAAGCGGACGUCAACGUGCAGGACGACGACGGCUCCACAGCCCUCAUGUGCGCCUGUGAGCACGGCCACAAGGAAAUCACGGGGCUCCUGCUGGCUACGCCCAGCUGUGACAUCGCACUCACUGACCGUGACGGGAGCACGGCUUUGAUGGUGGCCUUGGAUGCCGGGCAGAGUGAAAUCGCGUCUAUGCUCUACUCCCGCAUGAACAUCAAGUGCUCAAUUGCCCCGAUGUCUGAUGACGAAAGUCCUGCAUCAUCCUCAGCUGAAGAAUAACCAGGAGGGAGGCCAGAGGCAGCGCCGCUCAGGGCCAGCCAGCCCCAGAGCCAACCGUCCCUCGACCUUCGUCCCUUGUCUCCUUCCUCGCCAGCCCCCACAGAGACCUAUCAAGGCCCACGUCUCCAAGGCAAGUGGGUUCUUCUUCUGCUUCCCAGGAGGAGCCCUCGACAGCAGCAAGACUGCAGCCCAAAGCGGGUUUUUCCUGGUAUGCCAGUUCAAAGCCGCGGCAGCACAGACUGAAGCUAAAUUCUUCCAUAAAUUGGCGCCAGCGGCCGAUGUCGGGGCGUGGGUUUAUGAAGAACAGGGAGAACAAUCAACUGGCAAUUAUGGACGGAGCAGGGUGAAAGGGAAAAUCCUGUAUUUUUGAGUCAUUAUCAGGGGAGGGGAGGAAAUCAUAUUCCUUGUUGCCAAAUUUGAAAGUCACUGGAAUUGCAUAUUUUCAUUUUAAUCCUGAAUGUUGCUAUGCACGGGUCACGUCUGGAGUGCCUUAACGCGCUCCCUCCCCCAUCCCACCCCACAUUUAAUUGUCUGCCGUAUAAUAGUGUUUUGUCCGCUCCCCCCAGACCGCUUUCUUGGGAGAAUUUCCUUCUGGUCUCUUCGCAAAACAGAUUCUGUCCUUGUCACUCAGGGCAGGAAGCUGAGUCCUUCCUUCUGCUUUCAAGUAAGAGGGCUCAGGACCCAGCAGCCGAGAUGUGUGAGCCGUGGACACCGAUAAAAUCACCCAGAAACCCAUCCCCUCCCUGCGUGGAGGCCCUGCCACAUAUUAAUUUUCCUCGAAAAUCCUGCAUGCCUGGGGAUGCAGGAAAUGAAUCGGGUUCCCAGAGCAGCUGCUGAGUCCCUGGACUUAGAACCCUGGUAACAGGGCCGCCCUCGGGCUCCC